GUAUCGGACACACCCAAUCUAAAUCUAUUCGGUCUUGAUUGCUUACAUCUAUUCGGAUUAAUGGACGUACCAUUGAACGCAGUGUGUGCUCGAAUCCAACAACGUCCGGAGGACAACAAUCAACAGAAACUCAUCGAGAGUUUACAACAAAAAUUUUCUUCAGUCUUCAACUCUUCUGUGGGAACAUGUACCAAAACGAAGGCAGUAUUGAGAUUGAAACCAGAUGCAAAAUCAGUUUUUCGACCGAGCCGACCAGUUCCAUAUGCUGCAUUACCAAUUGUCGAGGCAGAAUUGGAACGACUCACAAGUGAAGGUGUUUUGUCACCAGUGACAUACUCAGAAUGGGCUACACCGAUUGUUACCGCGAAGAAACCGAACGGGUCAAUUCGUAUGUGUGCAGAUUUUUCCACUGGUCUCAAUGAAGCUUUGGAGAAUUUCGAGUAUCCGCUACCUACAGCAGAUUCAAUUUUUGCUACGCUAAACGGAGGUAAAUAUUUCUCUAAAAUUGAUCUUGCUGACGCAUAUUUUCAAGUCUUAGUCGAUGACGGCUCCAAGAAAUAUUUGACAAUCAACACACACAAAGGAUUGUUCCAAUACAAUCGAUUACCUUUUGGAAUCAAAAUCGCAUCAGCAAUGUUCCAACAAAUCGUUGAUGCUAUGAUCGCCGGGCUGAAACGUACAGGCGGUUUCAUGGAUGACGUUUUGGUCAACGGACGUACCAUCGAAGAACAUAAUCAAAAUUUGCUCGCUCUUUUCGAGCGAAUCGAGGAGUGGGGCUUUCAUGUUCGUUUGGAAAAAUGCAAAUUUUUGAUGACUGAGGUGCACUAUUUGGGAUUCAUCAUUGACGAAUUUGGUCGACGACCCGAUAAAUCAAAAAUUGAAGCAAUUUGCAACAUGCCAGAGCCACAUGACGUUUCAACAGUUCGUUCAUUUCUGGGAAUGCUAAAUUACUACGCGCAAUUUGUCAAAGAAAUGCGAGAUUUACGUUACCCAUUGGAUCAAUUGGUGUGCAAGGGCGCAAAAUUUGUGUGGACGGACGAAUGUAGAAAAUCAUUCCAACGCGCAAAAGAAAUUCUUCAAUCCGAUCUACUUCUAACGCACUACGAUCCCAACAUCGAUUUAAUUGUGGCAGCAGACGCUUCGCUACAUGGCAUUGGUGCCGUUAUUUUACAUCGUUUUCCGGAUGGAACGCAAAAAGCCAUCGAACACGCUUCCAGAACACUCACACCAGCUGAAAAGAAUUACGGUCAAAUCGAGAAGGAGGCAUUGUCAUUGAUUUUUGCGGCAAAAAAGUUCCACAAAAUGAUUUGGGGUAGAACAUUCACUCUUCAGACGGAUCAUCAACCGCUUCUUGCAAUUUUUGGUUCGAAGAAAGGAAUUCCUGUACACACAUCAAGCAGACUUCAGCGUUGGGCACUGACAUUGAUGCCGUACAAUUUCAACAUCCAAUUUAUCAACACAGACAAAUUUGGUCAUGCAGACGUUUUAUCGCGCUUGAUUGAAAGUCAAAAAUCAUGCGAUGAGACGAUGGUUAUCGCUUCUGUUCACGUCAUGGAACAGGAAAUCGAAAGAAUUUUGGUCGACGCAAUUAGAAUGUUACCAGUAACCGCAGAAAUGGUUCAGAAAUGUUCACAAGAGGACGUGGUACUUUCCAACGUUAUGAAAUACCUGCAAACUUCUUGGCCGACCCACAUCGAAAACGAAGAGGAGAAAAUUCUCUAUAACCGACGAGAAUCUUUGGCGGAAAUAAAUGGUUGCCUACUGUUCAAUGACCGGGUAAUCGUUCCUUCAUUAUUACGUACUAAAGUUCUCAAUCAUCUUCAUGUAGCACAUCCUGGAAUCGUACGCAUGAAAGCAUUGGCUCGCAGUUAUGUCUAUUGGCCAAACAUAGACAAAGACGUAACCGACUGUGUCCAAAAAUGUUCCAGGUGUGCAUCUGCAGCUCGUGCUCCUGUCAAAAGUGAAUUGCAUUCGUGGCCGAAAGCGAAACAGGUUUGGUCUCGCAUUCACAUCGACUACAAAGUAACUCAAAAUAAUGGUGCACAAUUUACUUCACACGAAUUCGACGAAUUUUGCAAUUCCGAAGGAAUUUGUCACAUUCCGACUCCAUCAGUUCAUCCACAAUCGAAUGGACAAGCAGAACGAUUCGUGGACACAUUCAAACGCGCUCUAACAAAAGCAAAAGGGGAAGAAAGUGUGGCGAACGUUCUUCAACGAUUUUUGCAACGUUAUCGUAUCACACCGAAUGCACAGUUACCGAACAACUGUACUCCAGCUGAAAUCAUGUUGGGCCGUAAAAUGAACUCAUCGCUCGAUUUAAUCAAACCGAAAGAGAAAAUCGAACUUCUACGUGACACGAAAAUGGAAAUGGAUUUCAAUGUGAAGCACGGAGCCAAAGAAAGGAUUUUCGAACCAAAACAACGAGUUUUUGUACGAGAUUUUCGUGGAGGAAAAACAAUUUGGUCACCGGCUGAAAUAAUCGAACGUAUUGGAUCAGUCAUUUACACAGUUGGCUGCGAUGGAAUAAUUUGGCGUCGACACGCAAAUCAAAUUCGAGUUCGAUACAGCGAUGACGUUGGUGAUUCAGAUCCGACUUUGAGUUUACUGUUGGACACUUUUGACAUCAUGGAUCAACCAGUUCAAUUACCGAAUGAUGAAAAUCCAUUGCCAGAAAAUGAUCACAGCAAUCAACCGAAUUCACCUGAAAUCACUGCAUCUGCCGAUAACGUGAACAAUAUUCCUCCGAAUCCAAACAUUGGUGGCCGACCUCAACGUAAUCGUAAACCUCCGGUACGCACUAAUUUCUCAAAGACAAUUGGUGGUAGAUAUGAAGAUUCUUAA